AUGUCAAUUCAAAAGAAACAGAACGACAUGUCAACCAACUCAGCGCUACAGGCCGCCUACCCUUGGACCAAGGCACCUCUACUAGCUUCGGCGCCGAUGCUGAACAUUGCCACGGCACCGCUCGCCGUCGCCGUCUCAGCAGCAGGUGGCCUGGGCUUUCUUGCCGGUGGCUUCGACAUCUCAUCCAUGGAAGGCAAUUUGGAAGAGGCCGUUCAACUCAUCAAGGGAUCAAACUCGACGAUCCGAGAGGUCUACGCCACCAGCAAUAUUCUCCCAAUUGGAGUUGGUUUCCUAAAUUGGGGCGCCGACCUCCUCAAAGCCAUCGCCGCGAUUGAGAAGUACCGGCCCUGCGCCGCCUGGCUCUUUGGUCCCAAGAAGUUGCCCGAUGACCUCCGUCCAUGGGUUGAGCAGAUACGCGCUGUGACCGGUGGCGAGACCAAGAUCUGGAUCCAGGUAGGCACUGUAGCCGAGGCGGUCGUCGUCGCAGAGUCUCUGGAUCCAGAUGUCUUGGUUCUACAAGGCUCAGAUGCAGGUGGCCAUGGCCUGGCCCAAUCAGCGUCAAUAAUCACUCUUGUACCCGAGGUAAAUGAUGCGCUUGGAGCGCGGCAGCUCAAUCCCAUAUCACUUAUUGCGGCGGGUGGUAUAGUUGACGGUCGAGGGCUGGCUGCGUCCCUUGCACUCGGAGCCUCAGGUGCGGUCAUGGGCACUAGAUUUCUGGCCUCCUCGGAAGCCAAGGUUGCCCGUGGUUAUCAGGAGGAGGUCCUCCGCGCAUCUGAUGGCGGAGUGAGUACCGCUCGCUCGACCGUGUAUGAUCGAGUGAGAGGGAUCUUGAGCUGGCCGUCGCGAUAUGACGGGCGUGGUGUGGUCAAUCAAAGUUAUGUCGACGCUGUUGAGAGAGGCAUGGGUGACGAAGAAAAUCGAGCACUCUAUGCGGAAGAGUUGAAGAAGGGAGACGCUGGGUGGGGUCCCAAUGCCAGACUAACAACGUAUGCUGGCACAGGAGUUGGGCUUGUUACAGAGGUUAUUCCUGCUGCCGAGAUUGUAGCAAACGUGAUCGAAGAGGCAAAGAAUGCUUUUGCAUGGAGUUGUUGA